GUUUCGGCAGAUAAAAGCUGUGUGCCGGACCAGGAUUCAAACAUGUGAACCUUGCCUUUCGCAGGCAAAUGCUCCAACGACCAAGCUAUCCGAACACGACUCACGACCCGCCCUCACAGCCCUUGCCGACGAAAGGCAAAGGUCUCACGAUCGAAUACUGGUCCGGCACAGUUUCAGUGAUGGAAAUGGACCCAAAACGAUCAAUUCAGGCACACAACUUACCUAGCAGUUACUUUUAUAAACUUAUCUUCCCGUUGGCUUUGUAGGACUACGCUUGCUAAUUGCUUUCGUAGGACAUGUGACCAUGUUUUUCAAAACUGAUUGUGAUUGGAGUUAGGGAGUAAACAUUGUUUUUCAUCGAUUAAGAUGCAGGUGUACCAUAAUGUUACAAAAUUUAUAUGUUAUUAUGGGAAGUAAUUUAAAUAUUUGUCAUGGAAAUGGUGAAGAGUAACUGUUUAUAGAUACAGUACACAUGUCUUAAAUUACACUUAAUUUGAGGCACACUAUGAUGAUGCACCAUCGCUGUAGCAAAAAUAGUAAAUUUUUCUUUCAGUGUUGGUACCGACGAACGUAAAGUUUACAUUGCAAGGUGUGUCAGCUGUUGGUGAUUUUUAAGAAAUUUACGAAAGGAAGUUUCGAACAAGUACUCUUGAUUUAAAUUCAUAACAGUCGCUUCGGAUAUGGAAUCUACAGGAGAGGCAGAGGCAGUUUCGGCAUACGAUGAAAUUGACAUCAAAGAGGAACCAAUAUCAACUGAACCUGAACUGCAACCAUUUGAACAGAUCUUCAUUAAAGAAGAGAAUAUUGAGUGUCUGCUAGAGGAAGAAACCACUUCUCCACAUGACGCAACAUACAUGAAAAAAGAAUCCGAGCUCCAAAAUGACGUGGAGUCGACAAGCUAUGGCAGUGAACCAGAAAGUAAUGUCCCCGUUGGCAAGGAAGACGACAAGGAAACGGAUGGCAGUGGCAGUUUGGCUAGCGGAGGUGGUGUGUCUACAGGACCGAGCAACACCAAACAAUGCAGCCCCAAUCAGGUAGCGUUCUGUGAACGCGACAGGGGUACGCUGCAGAGUGUGCACAAUCUCGCCACCGGCAGGGAGACAACUGCACAGUCCCUGGGCCUGACCGAGGACAAAGAAUUUCCGUAUUCCUGCAGUGUGUGUCACAAAACAUUCGUAAGUAGGGGCGGCUGGAAGAUCCACUUACGCCGGCACACUGGCGAACGCCCGUAUAGUUGUGACGUCUGUCACGAGACAUUUCCAAGCAACACCCACCUGAAGAACCACUUACGUCAGCACACCGGCGACGGACCUUACAUCUGCGAAGUGUGCCACAAAGUGUUGUCGUGUGAGAGCAGCCUCAAGAUCCACUCGCGAGUGCACACAGGUGAACGCCCAUAUGUUUGUAAAGUGUGUCCGAAGACAUUCGUAAGUAGCACCAACCUGAAGAAACACUCGCGUGUGCACACAGGGGAACAUCCCUAUACCUGUGAAGUGUGCCACAAGGCGUUCAUAUGUGGAAGCAAUCUCAGGAGACACUCGAGAGUGCACUCCGGCGAACGCCCAUACAUUUGUGAGAUCUGUCACAAGACAUUCAACCAGAGUUCGAGCCUGAAGACUCACUCGCGUGUGCACUCGUGCUAAUGCCCGCACGGCUGUGAUGUGCUCCAUAAGACUUUAUACACCCACAUGGAGUCGUGUGACUACGACGCGUCUUAUGAAGCUUGUUGUACCUAAUUAAUAUUAACUACCUUUUUGGCCAUAGCUUUGUCCGCGUAUGCAUAUGUCACAUAUGUUUGUGCUCUGUACACUUCCAUUUUGUUUGAGGUAGGCUUUUCCAGACUGUGUUUCAGAAAUUCCGGCAUAGCAGACAAAGACGAUCACUAAAUGAUUCUGUUUACACAUUUUUCCCCCAAACAUCUUGAACCUACCUAUUCCUUUAAACUAUUAUUUGUUAUCCAUGUCGAUAGCUCGAAGAGUUGGAAUUAUGUGUUCAGGGCUGUAAAAUUACCAUACAUAUCAGAAAAUUCCAGCACGUAAUCUAAAAUUUCUAUUUUGCAAAUAAAAAC